AUGCAGCUCAAUGACUGGUCCUCAGCCCCUGCGGCUCCCACUCGUCACAAUGGCCGGAGCCAUGCCUUGCUGCAUGCCGCUGGGUGCAUGCUCGCGGAGACUGGAGACUUUGAUAGGUCCCCGCCCGAAGCGGUACAACGGCUAAAUUGGAUGCACCUCUGGCAUCCGAAAAUGCGGCAAUAUCGUGUGAAGGUUGUCGUUUUUACGGUACUGCUGACCGAGACUUCGGCGCCUGGGCCAAAGAUUGAUCCGGUGAAGACGGAGGUGGUGAGGGAGGAUGCCCGUCCAGUGGCCCCGGUGCCGGUGUUCGGAUCCAGAGGAUGGCACAUCAACCAGAUGAGCAAUGCUCGGGAUUCGUAG